AUGAACAGUAAUGCGACAGACCUCACCACUGGUUUCAUCGCUUCUAUUGUAGCCAUCCUUUUAUUUGGCUCAAACUUUGUACCUCUUAAAAAAUAUGAGACUGGAGAUGGAAUGUUUCUCCAGUGGGUACUUUGUGCUGCCAUAUGGUUGGUUGCCUUGGUGGUAAAUCUGAUACUACAUUGCCCUAAAUUUUGGCCUUUUGCAAUGGUUGGGGGCUGCAUUUGGGCAACAGGUAACAUAGCUGUUGUCCCAAUUAUCAAAACCAUUGGUUUGGGCCUUGGAAUCUUAAUCUGGGGAUCAUUUAAUGCCUUAACUGGAUGGGCAAGCUCAAGGUUUGGCUGGUUUGGAAUGAACGCAGAAGAAGUGGCAAAACCACUGCUCAAUUAUAUUGGAGCUGGGCUGUCUGUAGUAAGUGCUUUCAUAUUUUUGUUCAUCAAAAGUGAAAUACCAAAUAACACAUAUUCCGUGGACACCACACCACUGAUAUCAGAGCAUGUGAUUAACAAAACUCAAGAUCCUGAUCCUGAUCCUGACUGUUCCUGGGUGGAUAAACUUUCUACCACACAAAGCCGCUUAGUGGGCUGCAGUCUCGCAGUGAUAUCUGGAAUUCUCUAUGGAUCUACAUUUGUGCCCAUCAUUUACAUCAAGGACCACAGCAAAAGAAAUGAUAGUAUAUAUGCAGGGGCAAGCCAGAAUGAUUUAGACUACAUUUUUGCACACUUCAGUGGCAUCUUCCUCACAAGUACAGUCUACUUUCUGGCCUACUGUGUAGCCAUGAAAAAUAAUCCUAAACUACAUCCUGAAGCAGUCUUGCCAGGGUUCCUGUCCGGAGUCCUCUGGGCGAUCGCCACCUGCUGUUGGUUCAUAGCGAACCACUCUCUCAGUGCUGUGGUCAGUUUUCCAAUCAUCACUGCCGGUCCAGGAUUUAUAGCUACAAUGUGGGGUGUCUUCAUGUUUAAGGAAAUACAGGGUCGAAAAAACUACCUGCUGAUGAUGCUUGCAUUUUGCAUCAUCUUGACUGGAGCCUUAUGCACAGCUUUUUCUAAAAUUUGA